UUUAGUCGCUAUAACAAUGAUAGUAGACAGAAUUUCGGAGUAUAGAAGCCCAGUAAACUACAAAGAGGCCGAGACGCAAAGAUUUUGGCCCAAGAAGAUCCGAGACGAAAUACUCAGUCUCCACCAUCGCCGGGAAGCUUCGGAGGGUUGUUUCCGACACACACAGCACCAUGCGCAACAAGUUAGCAUCCCAGCUCACUACUUAUUAUUACACAAGAAGAAAUUUCUCAUCCUCUAAUCUACGGAAUUUGCACUCGCGCAAUUUCUCAUCCUUCAAUGGAAAAGUUGCAGAUGAGGUUGCUCUUGAGCAAGAUGCUGAAAGAAAGAUAGGAUGGCUGUUGAAACUGUUUUUUGCUGGGACUGCCACGUUUGUUGGUUACCAGUUCUUUCCCUACUUGGGAGAUAAUUUGAUGCAACAGUCCGUUUCCCUUUUGCAAGUCAAGGAUCCAUUGUUUAAGAGAAUGGGAGCUUCUAGAUUAGCCCGUUUUGCAAUAGAUGAUGAGAGAAGAAUGAAAAUUGUGGAGAUGGGUGGAGCUCGAGAGCUCUUAAAUAUGUUAGAAGCUGCCAAAGACGACCGCACACGGAAGGAAGCUUUGAAGGCUCUUUCUGCGCUUUCACAGUCAGAGGAAGCUGUUGGAGCUUUAAAUCAUGCUGGAGCAAUCUCAAUUAUUAGGUCCACUCCAGAUUCCUCUGAGGAUGCAGAUGUUGAGAAAUACAAGUCAAACUUGAUGAAGAGAUUCAAAGAUUUGAGAUACGUGUCAUGAUGAGAUGUAGUUGGCUUACCGAUCUUCAAUUGUAGGCUACAAACACCCUGGUUUAUAAGAAAGACAAUGUUUGCACGAAAAGGGAACUAUACCAACAACUUGUUUUUCUAAAUUUGUUGUUAUGGUUUAUGUGGUGAGUCAUAACACGGUACAUUUCCUUGUCUUAAGAAAUAAGUUGAUUUCUCUACAAUUGAACAGAUCUUUCAGAAAGCGUGUAGUCAGCCUUUUAUUUAUUUAUUUAUUUUGAAUAGAGGAGAUUUUCAUCUUGUUUUAA